AAAAAAAAAAAGUUUUUUGGUUUCACCGUCGUCUCAGAGGUCCGGUCUGCCCUCUAGUGGACUAAAGAGUUAUUUCACCUUUGACUGUUAGUGUAAGCUUAGUUUUUAAUUAAAGGGACAGGGGGAUUGUCCCCUCUCACCUGUGGCGCUAUUUAUCCAUCUGGAUUGUUUUGGUGUGAGUCGCAGAGUUUUGGAGAUAUCGGCAGUAGAGAUGUCCGCCUGUCUUGAAUAUAAUGGGACUUUAUGGCACUCACAAAAAAUACAUUUGAAAAACAGCAGUGUGUCUUUCCAGAAAUCAUGACCCGGUUACUCAAAAUAAUCCGCACAUUUGUUGUGAGCCGUUUCAUGUAGGAACUAUUUUCUUUCUACCGAUGGUUCCUACAUGAAACUGCUCACAACAAGGUGUGUUUUUAGUGAAGCACCAGCAUGGAAAAAGCAAUUAGCUACUCGGGUUGUUUGAUAAACUUUUGUCCAAUGAGAGAGCAGAUCGUCUGGAUAUUGUACUGCGUUAAAAAAAUUUAAAAAAUCUAUUUGGCCUAUUUGAACAUAAUUUUUUUUUCUGGGAGGAUAAUACUGGAUGCCUGCUGUAUAAGUAGGUAGAGAUUAUAGUCCUACAGAUUUUUUAAAAAAACGUUAUAUAUUGAAUACAAAAGUAAAAAUUGCCAUCUUAAAACAUAGCGUUAGUUCAUUACCAUACAACUAAUAACAUAACUGCCAAAAACACAGAUCAAAGUCCGAUAAUUAACUUAGUAAGAAGUAAAAUAAAUACAUAGGAAGAAAAUAAUGAAUUAUAUAUGACGUUAUAAAAGUAAGCAACAAAUUGUUGUAUCCAACCUUUUUGUCCUGCAGCUUCCAAAAUCUGUGUUCUACAUGAUUCAGUAUCAUCUUUACAAAUAUUACAUUCAAUAUUAAACUUCUGGUGAAGAAUUAAUCACAUGAACAUAUUUUGUUCCUUGUUUUAAAAUGCGGGGGAAACAGGAACAGUUAAAUAUUAUACAUCAGCUUUAGAGCUCGGUUUUGACUUCUGAAUCUCUGUCGGGUGCCGUAUCCUUCUGCCGGGUGUGGGCGUUUGACCUAAAAAGAAGUCAAACAGGUCGGACCAAUUUCCAUAAUAUGACCCCCAACAGGAUAUGUGCUGAUGGAAACUGAGAGGGCUGAUGUUUGAACGUAUUUCUGCGUGGGAUUGUUGUGUAGCCUACUAUUGAUCAUUCCAAUCGGAAAAGACGAGAAAGGGAUCAGGUGUGGCACAACGAGCCGCAACACGACUGACAAAGAAUUCCUUCAGAGUGAAUAUCUGUGCGUAUGACUUGGAGUUGUUAAAGGGAACGAGCCGAAGACGGGGAAGUACAGUUACACGGGCGUAUAAGUUAGUAACUGACCGGUCUUUGUUUUCCACUUUAAAGAGGAUAAGAACUUUGAAUUGGUUUUGCGUCUUGCGCGCGCCGACGUGCAGUCAGCGGGCCAUGCCGAUGGCGCUGUGGCGCACAGGACUGCUGCUCUGCUUCCUCGGUUUCUGCGCCUGCCUGGAGGAAGACUGCGUCCUUGGCAUAGUCGGGCGGCCUGUCUCCCUGCCCUGCUUUUACCCUCAAUUAUUACCCUUUGUGAAUUUUUCCAUUGAGUGGAGGAGAGACGAUGAAGUGGUGCUCAGAUCAGUGUGGGAAGAGGUUGGAAAUGUAGAGGUUGAAUUGAGUAUUGACGGCGCCACCAUCUCCGCUGACGCUGCACUGACUGGAAACGUCUCUCUGGAGCUUCCCACUGUUGAUCCCAAAGAGCACAACAUGAAUUACAGUCUGUUCAUCAUUUCAGGGGGGAAUCACAGUGCUGCGCUGUGCACCGUGUGCCUCAGGAUAGCAGCCAGUUUCAGCUCCCCGCUGCUGCAGAGGGCAGAAGCAGUGCAGGCAGGUGAGGCGGCCUUCUUGUGUCACUCCAGUGGUGGUUUUCCUGAACCUGCGGUUUACUGGCUCAUCAACAACACCGAGGAGCCCCCCGAAGGCUCAGUGAGGACCCUGGCGGCAUCACUCCCAGACUCCCAUCUGUACAACAUCACGAGCCACCUGACAGUCAACAUUUCCAAAGACUCCAGCGUGUCGUGCACCAUACAGAACCUGUCCAUGAACGAAACCAUGACAUCCACAAGCUAUGGAACGCGUGGAAGCCCGGAUGUGAGUCGAGCAUCAGAGGCCUUGUGGAUCUUUAGCACGGGUCUCUGUGUGGUGGUUGGGAUCAUGGUGCUGGCAGGAGUCAUCUAUCAGAUUCACCUGGACAGGAUAAGUAAGAGGAAGAAGCGCGAACACCAACACUCUAACAGAGGAUACAAAAGGCAAAGUCCGGACAAGGAGGAGACCGAGGCGAUGAAGCCGGAGCCAAAGGAGACUGAUGUGUAGAGAUUUGAGUCGACAAAUCCUCAUUAAUUGUCACUUUUUUAAACUGAGACAAAAAAAAUCACUGACUUGUAAAUAUGUAUUUAUUGUGACCACUGGGGGGAGGUGUUGAACGCUGUAAUAAAGAUGUCCAAAGCCAAA